AUGUCGAGCGCCGUCCUUAACCAGUUUCUCAUCCCAGGGCUCGGCGACUGCGGGCGCACAUCACAUGCGUUGAUGGGCGGAGGCGGAAGCGGAGGCGGCGGGCGGGCAGCGCGCGCGCUCCGCAUUCUCUUGCUGCUCGUGCUGGCUCUGGCAGCUGUUGAAUACCUCUUCGGCUCCAUACUGGACGCAUCUCCCCUAAGAACCUACCUCUACACGCCUGUAUAUAACGCUACCCAGACUACUCUUAAAAACAGUGAAAGAAUUUCACCCAACUGGCCUAAAAAAUUGCCACUCAUAUCAACUGAAACAAAAAACCCUGAAGUAAUAACUCAUUUAAAAAAUAUAACUGUAAAUUAUACAAACGUAGUUAAUACAACAAAAAUAUCCUUUGUGAAUAUGACUCGACAAAAUAGUACGGAAGAUACAAGCACUCCACUUCUAAUUACAAAAAUAAUGGAGAGUAUAAAGAAUCUCGUGACGACAGAAGACUUUUACAAAAUGAGCGAACCGACUCUCCCACUCUGCGAUGAGAUGCCUCCUGAUCUAGGUCCAAUUAACGUUAAUAAAACGGAGAUAGAGCUGGACUAUGUUGAAACGAAAUAUCCGGAAGUUCAUCGUGGUGGACGUUACGCACCACCCAACUGUACAGCGAGGCAUAAAGUUGCUAUUAUUGUACCCUAUAGAGAUCGACAACAGCACUUGGCGAUUUUCCUAAAUCACAUGCAUCCGUUUUUGAUGAAACAACAAAUUGAAUAUGGCAUAUUUAUUGUUGAGCAAGAUGGUAAUAGCGAAUUUAAUCGAGCAAAGCUGAUGAAUGUAGGUUUUGUGGAAAGUCAGAAACAAAAGGCGGGUGGGUGGCAAUGUUUUAUAUUCCACGACAUAGAUCUCCUACCUUUGGAUCAAAGGAAUCUGUACUCCUGUCCGAGACAGCCUCGACAUAUGUCUGCGUCAAUUGAUAAACUUAAUUUCCGGUUACCAUAUGAAGAAUUAUUUGGCGGCGUAUCAGCCAUGACGCUUGAACAAUUUACAAAAGUCAACGGAUUUUCCAACAAAUACUGGGGCUGGGGUGGAGAAGACGACGAUAUGUCUUACAGGUUAAAGAAAAUGAAUUAUCAUAUUGCAAGAUAUAAGAUGUCAGUUGCUCGAUACGCUAUGUUAGAUCAUAAGAAAUGUGCGCCGAAUCCUAAAAGAUAUCAACUGCUAUCACAAACUAGUAAAAUAUUCCAAAAAGAUGGACUAUCGACCCUCGAAUAUGAUUUAAUUGACGUAGUCCAACAUCAUCUGUAUACCCACAUAGUAGUAAAUAUUGACGAGCACAGCUGA